AUUUUGGAUUCCUUCAGUUAACUCAGUUAGCGGCAGUUAGCACCCCACGUGAGGAGAAGAGCGCACUGGCGAAUCGGUGGCCGCCGUUCGCCUCUGGCCCGGGUGACAGCCAAUGGGAAAGCAGCGCGCAAGGGCUCUCCGGACCGUUACCUGACGGCCGUUGCGUCUCUUCGGCUGCAGACGUGUUCGUGUGGAGUGCCGUGCAGUCGAGGCUCCUGAGCCUAACGAGGCGCCAUGCGUGAAUGCAUAUCCAUCCAUGUUGGUCAGGCUGGUGUUCAGAUUGGCAAUGCAUGCUGGGAAUUGUAUUGUCUUGAACACGGGAUCCAGCCUGAUGGUCACAUGCCCAGUGACAAAACUAUUGGAGGCGGAGAUGAUUCAUUUAACACUUUCUUCAGUGAGACGGGAGCUGGUAAACAUGUUCCCAGAGCAGUGUUUGUGGACCUGGAGCCAACGGUAGUCGAUGAAGUACGUACAGGCACAUAUAGGCAGUUGUUCCACCCUGAGCAGCUCAUUACUGGGAAAGAAGAUGCAGCUAAUAAUUAUGCCAGAGGCCAUUACACCGUUGGAAAAGAGAUUGUUGAUCUAGUGUUAGACCGCACGCGCAAAGUGGCUGAUCUGUGCACUGGGCUGCAAGGUUUCCUUAUCUUUCACAGUUUUGGAGGAGGCACUGGUUCAGGGUUUACAUCUCUGCUCAUGGAAAGGCUCUCUGUUGACUAUGGCAAAAAAUCUAAACUAGAAUUUGCAAUUUAUCCAGCACCACAGGUUUCUACUGCUGUAGUGGAACCUUACAAUUCAGUUUUAACUACGCAUACAACACUGGAGCAUUCAGACUGCGCAUUCAUGGUAGAUAAUGAAGCCACUUAUGAUAUAUGUCGUCGCAACCUGGACAUAGAACGUCCCACUUAUACCAAUUUAAAUCGACUAAUUGCGCAAAUUGUUUCAUCCAUCACAGCUUCACUACGUUUUGAUGGAGCCCUUAAUGUAGAUCUGACAGAAUUUCAAACUAACCUUGUUCCGUACCCACGAAUCCAUUUCCCCUUGGUAACAUAUGCCCCUAUCAUCUCUGCUGAAAAAGCCUACCAUGAGCAGUUAUCCGUGGCUGAAAUUACCAAUGCUUGCUUUGAACCAGCCAACCAGAUGGUAAAAUGUGACCCACGUCAUGGUAAAUACAUGGCCUGCUGUAUGUUAUACAGAGGUGAUGUUGUCCCUAAAGAUGUCAACGCAGCUAUCGCUACUAUCAAGACUAAACGUACCAUUCAGUUUGUGGAUUGGUGCCCAACUGGAUUCAAGGUGGGCAUUAACUACCAGCCUCCAACUGUGGUGCCAGGUGGCGACCUUGCAAAGGUGCAGAGAGCUGUAUGUAUGCUGAGUAACACCACUGCCAUUGCUGAAGCAUGGGCUCGUCUCGACCAUAAAUUCGAUUUGAUGUAUGCCAAACGUGCCUUUGUACAUUGGUACGUUGGGGAAGGAAUGGAGGAAGGAGAAUUUUCCGAAGCCCGGGAAGAUCUGGCUGCCCUUGAAAAAGAUUAUGAAGAAGUUGGGAUAGACUCUGUAGAAGCAGAGGCUGAAGAAGAGGAUGAAUACUGAAA